GCGGCCGAAGUGGUCCACGUAUUCUCGCUGGCGCUCCGUUCGCCAAGUUAACAAAAUCUCAGCAAACGGGCAACGAAGCGCUCUCCGUUUUCGAUAAUCGCGCGAGCACUUUAUUUUCAUGAGAUGCGACAUUUCUUUGUGAGUUUCGUCAGUGUUUUUCUAAGUACGAAAUAUUGGUCUAAAAUUGUAAAAAUCUCAAGAAUUAUAGAUGAUAUGGUGUGAUGAGAGUUUCUGUAAAUCCGAAGUAUUGAUCUGGAUCGGUGAAAUAUUUUCAGCGUCAAGUAUUCCUUCAUGGAACAGAAGAGGUAUCCUUGUUUUCGUCCAAAAUGACUGAAAGAUCAGCCUCGAAAGAGGCUUGUUGUCUUUUGAUUUAUCUGCUGAAAAAAAACAUGAUACGAGAGAAUAAAUUUUAUUAGUUUUCGAAAACGUGGUGUAUUGAUGUACAAGAUUAUAGUUUAUAUAUCAGAAAAACAGACCAACAUAGUGAAGAAAACAAGUGUUGAAGUGUGUUAUAUGUAUCAUCUUCAUCUGAAAGAGACCGAAGAAAAUAAGAUAGAGUAAAUUCGUGAGAAGAAAUUUGGUGGCAAAUGAACAUCCAAUAAAAUCUUUGUACAAACGAUACCAGUAUACACGCAUAGAAAUAAAAUGGCCGCCACUUAAUGACAAGUUUAAGAAAUUAUCCGAAACAAAUUGCAAUAAGCUCAAAUCGUUGCCGUAUAUUUCACAACUCGAUAUAUAUAUAUAUACAUGUAUAUAUAUAUAUGUUAUAAUCUAGUCCUUUAUCAAGUUUAUUUUUAUUGAUCAUUUUUAAUUAAAUGUGUUAAUGUUUUAUUAUUUACUAUUUCACUCAGUGUUGGUUUGCAAAUUACCACGAAUGUAUGAUAAUGUGAUAAAGACAGUCAUCAUUUGAAGCACGUUAUCAUCGCGAAAGUCGAUUCUGAGCAACGUGAGUUUUCGCGAGGUAAAGCAGGAAAUCAUGUCAGAGCACGGUGAUAGUGAUGUAGACGCGACGGAGGAGAUCAACGUGGAUGACUCCGAUUCCCGGAGCUGCAGUCCCCGUAAUUACACGAGCUACGAUGCCCGCCACAUGUCUCAAGAGACGUCUGAGUGCUCAACCUCGCCACUUCCAAGUCAAAUCGGUGCAAGAACGCUACCGAACGACUCUUCGCGAAGUCACCCGUUUAGCAUCAGCCGUUUACUUGGCGAAAAUGACGUUCAAAAUCUCAAAAGCCCAUCCUCGGAGGAACCAGACAGCGACAAAGAGAGGAAGUGGUCGUGGGAUGAAGGCAACAACAACAAUAAUAACAACAGUGAUAAUAAUCAUCAAACGUCUUCAGGCGUUCCGGAGGAUGGCAGAUCUUGGAAUCACGACGUUGAAGAGAAGCUCUCGGAAAAGGACGACGAUGACAGCGACAUUCGCACUAACACGUCGUCUGUUCAUUGUGUCUCGACAUCGGAUCUCCUUGCCCCUUUCAGACUCUUUCCCACUGGCACUGGACUUAUCUACACCGGUGGUAGCGUCAUAAGAGUGCCGGCGCAUCGGCCACCGGGUGCGAACGGUACACCGACUGGUGCCUUGCCCGCACAGACGUUGAUACCGCCUUGGAGUUUGCAGGCUCUUCAACAUACCCAGCAACAGGCUGCGGCGGCCGGUUUACACAGAGCGAGUCUCCUGGCGAAUCUCGCUUCGCAUCCUUUGCAGGCGCAUCCGCAUCUCAAGGAUAGAUUGGCAGUAGCUGGAGCAUUUCCACGGAGAAUUGGUCAUCCUUAUCAAAAUCGAACGCCGCCGAAAAGAAAAAAACCGAGAACAAGUUUUACAAGAUUGCAAAUUGCCGAGCUGGAAAAGCGUUUUCACAAACAGAAAUAUUUGGCGUCCGCCGAACGAGCGGCACUGGCGAAGUCGCUGAAGAUGACGGAUGCGCAAGUGAAAACCUGGUUUCAAAACAGACGGACAAAGUGGAGGAGACAAACAGCGGAAGAGAGAGAGGCCGAGCGGCAAGCUACAAAUCGGCUGAUGCUAUCUCUCCAGGCUGAGGCUCUAGGUAAAGUAGCGUACCCAACAACAGUGUCCGGACAUCCGGGAGGCGCGGCGGUAUCCAGUUUGGACAGGCAGCCAGCAUCGACGACUCUGACCCAUUCGGUGGGUCAAUGGGCUCCUUAUGGUCCGCCUCAGCCCCUUGCAGAUGCGAUUUGUUGAAGUGUAACAACGUGUCGACAGACUUUCACCGUGACUUUAUUUUGUCUUAUUGUUGUGCAUUUUUGCUACAUCUUAUCGUGAUGUCUUUACUUGCAUCAAAAAAAUAAAUUGGAUAUUAAACUUAUUCGUUUGCUGGCGUCGAGACAUAUACAUAUAUUUUGCUUUACAAAAUAACAAUAACGAACAAGAAAGGCUUUACUUAUUGACCGAUUAGGUACAGCAGAAAGUGUUUUGUUUUUUUAAGAAUAGUUACGCGAACCGUAGGCUACAUACUAAGCAUUGCCUUCUGCCUUAUGAUAGUAUAGCGAUCACAAGACGUCCUAAAGAUGGCAACUUCGAAUUAAGGCCGAAAAGAAUUACAUAGUGCGACGCGGAUAAGUGCGCAUUAUUACUCGAGUGUAAAUUAUAUACAAGUUUUUAAUCGAAAAUUAAAUUAAUUCAAAAAUUAUUUUCAAAUACUUGUUCGCAUUUCGUACCUAUAUGUAAACUCGCUAACCUUCCUAAUGAAUAAACAAAGAACAGCACCGUAAAAUCGAUUGUACGUUACUUUAUAUAGCACUUCAGAGCUGUACCAUAUAUUAAGCAUGUUAAUUCGACAUUUUGUCAAACAUCUAAUUGUCAUGACAGCGACUGACAUUACGAAGCGAUAAUCGUCGUGAAUUUAUUAUACAUAUAUGAACAGUCAGGGCACAUUUAAAAGCGUCCAUUUAACCGCAUGAAACAAUCACCGCGUAAUUAGCUUCAAUGUGACAUUAUCGACACAUACUUGUCUUGAUCCAAUCAAGGGGUGGUGGUAGUCUCAGGAAUAAGAACUUCUCUAAACCGUUAUUUCCAGAUCGCGUUAAACAGACUGGCUGUUUAAUAAUGUCUUUUCAAGAUAAUGACAUGUUUUAUCUAUUCUAUAAAGAGAAACUGGAUCACACUAUACAUCAUGAGUGAAUACGCAGGUCCGUAUUUAUCUUUAUUGUUUGCGUGUAGCAGAAGACGCAACUAAAUCUGAAUUUUUUAAAUUAUAGAUGUAGUACUAUAAACAUUCACAAGAUAUUGUUAAGACAUCUCUUAUUUUGUUCUUUUUAAUAGAACUUUUUUCGUUACAUAUGUGAAUACGGACUUUUAAUUAAUAGAAUGGCUCAUAUAACAUAUCUGUGUACAUACAUAUAAGCAUUAUAAUUAGACAUUGUAUGAUAUACCUACUUGUAUACAUUCUCUUUGAUUGUUAGAAAAAUUCGUCCUGUGUAUAUUUCCGAGUUGCAACGCAGCAAAUUAAGCAGCAAUUAAGAUGAUAUACAUUAUAUCUUAGAGUAAUUGAAACUUUUUGAUAUAGCCGAAGUGAUAAAAGUAGAUUAGGUCAAUUUGAACAGAAAAAUCAUGCACAAUUUUGCAACAUUUGCAAUAAUUACUAAGAUAAUUAAUAUCAGCGCAUGAGAAGCGUGAUAAGUUUGACUUUGUAAGUGUGUUACUUAAUCAAUUACUUAAUAAAUAUUGCGUUUUUUGCAAAAUAAUACAUGACUUUUUUAUUCAAAUUGACUCAAUCUACCUUCACACUUCGGUUGUAUUAACAAGUUUUGGACACCUUCUGUGUAUGUGUGUGUGUCGUGUAUGCGUGUGUACAGAGUGCGGCAGAACAUAUGGCACUAAGAAAGGGAUGAUUUUUUUGUGCCAAAAUAAGUAGAAAACAUAGAGUAAAAUUUUUUGUGCGAAGCUUAGUUUAUGAAAAAAUCGAUUGUAAAACUUGAAAUUUUGAUAUGAUA